CUGCUUGCUUCUGAAUUGAAACAUAAUGACUAAGAGCCCUGUAACCUCCCCUGCCGCUGAAAAGUUGGACGCUUUUCUUUCCCACCGCCCUGAUCAACAAGAGCUAGUGGAGAAGAACAUUUUAAAAGACCCCAAGAUCGCACCUUCUCUUCAACAGCACCGCGAAGAACUGGCAAAGAGGCAGAUUGAGGACUCACUCCGUCACAAGAUCGAGGCAAGACCCAAGAAGGAGGAUCUAGUGGAGCACAAUAUUUUGAAGAAUACCACUGCUGCUCCUGCAAUUCAAGCUCAGCAGGCUGAAUUGCAGAGGAGCAGAUUGCAAAACGCUCUUGAGCACAAGAUGCAAGAAAGACCUCAGCCUGAUCAGCUUAUCAAGCAAGGUAUCUUGCCUGCUGAAAGCGCACCACAAUAACUCCCCUUAAGACUUUGGUCUCCCAUAGCAGGGUGAUUUCUUUAUCUUAUUUCCAGUUCAUACCAUUCUAUAUAAGUUUUUUUUUCUGUUUGAGUGCUUGAAAGGAGCCCGAGGAAUAAAGUGCUAUUUUUUGUGACAUGCUCGUAAAA